AUGCUCUUUGCUCGUGCAUUCAACGUUAGCAGGUCUGGCGCCCGCGGUUACGCCUCGGCUCGUGUUGCUGAGGUUGUCAAGCCCAAGGCCGACGACGUUGUCAUCACCUUUGCUCGCCGUACUCCUCUCACUCGCGCCAAGAAGGGUGGUUUCCGUGACACCUCGGCCGAUGGCCUGCUGUACAAGUUCCUCAAGGCUGGUAUGGCCGAGAGCGGCGUGAAGCCAGAGCAGGUUCAGGACAUCAUUGCCGGUACCUGCCACGCUCCUUCGCCAUGCUACGAGGUCCGCGCUGCAUCGCUUGCCGCUGGUUUCCCCGAGGAGACUCCUGCCCAGGCCAUCAACCGUCUCUGCGGUUCGGGUCUGAUGGCCCUCCGUCACGUCUCGGACUCGGUCCGUGCUGGCGACAUUGACAUUGGUCUUGCUGUCGGUUACGAGAGCAUGUCCACCAACCCCCGCCCCACCCCCGUCUUCAAGGAGGAGGCCAUCCUCAACAACCCCCCCUCGCUCGACUGUGCCAAGCCCAUGGGCUGGACCUCUGAGAUGCUCGCUCUCGAGUACGACGUCUCGCGUGCCAAGCAGGACGAGUACGGUCUGUUGUCGCACAACCGUGCCGAGGCCGCCCAGAAGGCCGGUCGCUUUGACAACGAGAUCAUUCCCAUUGAGACCACUGUUCUCUCCGACCCCGCCGACCCCAACUCGGCCCGCGAGACUAUCACUGUGUCUCAGGACGACGGCAUCCGCAAGGGUCUCACUCCCGACAAGUUGACGUCGGCCAGGCCCGCGUUCAAGGGCAUGGGUGAUGAGCGCUCGACUGGCCCCAACUCGUCCCAGGUCACUGACGGUGCUGCCAUGGCCAUCCUCAUGCGCCGCUCCAAGGCCGAGGAGCUUGGCCUCCCCAUCCUUGCCACUCACCUCGCCACGUCGGUUGUCGGUGUCACCCCCCGCGUGAUGGGUAUCGGACCCGUCGCCGCUAUCCCCGCUGUUCUCAAGCGUACCGGCCUGACAACCGAGGACGUCGACCUGUACGAGAUCAACGAGGCCUUCGGCUCCAUGUACGCCUACAGUGUUGAGAAGCUCGGCCUCGACAUCAACAAGGUCAACGUCAAUGGCGGUGCCAUUGCCCUUGGCCACCCUCUUGGCGCUACUGGUGUCCGCCAGGUCGCCACUGGUGUCUCGGAGAUCCUCCGUCGCAAGGCCGAGUCGGGAUCCCAGGACAAGCAGAUCCUUGUCACCAGCAUGUGCAUUGGUUCGGGCAUGGGUGCUGCCGGUGUCUUUGUUGUGUAA